GUGAGCAAAAGUGACUGUUGUUUAAAACUGUUGCGCCGAACGUACCACAUUUAACGUCUAUUGUAACGUUUACACGAGACUCCUCGUUCACACCUAUGCAUACGCAUUAAAUCUUAAAUAGCUACAUAUAUAGUUAGUAUGUCACAAGCGUUUCAAACUAUGUAGUUGAGGUUAUAAUUUGUGUUUAUAAACAGAUUGAAAAAAUCACCAGCAUUCUGGAAAUUGAUUUACAUAAAACAACGCGAAAUAUAUAAAAACAUAUUAUCUCUUGUAAAUUAUUAAAUAUCUAGUUUACUAAAGUAGUAGAAACAUAUUGUUAACAUGGAAGCAAGUAAUGCUAUGAACAUGAGUGGACCAUCAAAGAGAACUAGAGGUGCUAGACAAAAGCAAGUGACAGAUUCUGUGACGAAAAAAUUUUUGCACAAUUUUGAUCCUGAACAGAGUGAAAGAGAAAAGCGUAAAUUAAAUCGACGCUUGCAUCAUGGAAAUAAAAAGGCAGCUCUCUAUGAUGAUAAAGGUAUCUAUAUUACCACUGGACAAGACCUCUGCGAUUGCUUAAAUAAAUCGUGUCAAGGAUGUCAUUUUCCAUGUCCUAAGUGUAGUUCAACAAAGUGUGGGCAUGAAUGCAGAAAUAAUCGUAAAUGGACAUAUGACUCAAUCGAAAAUGAAGGCAGUGAUAAUAAUGUUAUUAAGAAUCCAUGUAAUCCUAAUCAGGGAAAUUAGUUUGAAUGGCAAUUGAAGGGAUAUAUGGGAUAAAGUUAAAGUAGA